GUUUCCUCUCCUCCUGCAGAGACGCUGAUGGAUUCCACCACGGCCACCGCCGAACUGGGCUGGACGGUGCACCCGGUAUCAGGGUGGGAGGAAGUGAGCGGCUACGACGAGAACAUGAACACCAUCCGGACAUAUCAAGUGUGCAAUGUCUUUGAAUCCAGCCAGAAUAACUGGUUACGGACAAAGUAUAUCCGAAGACGAGGGGCUCACCGGAUCCAUGUGGAGAUGAAGUUUUCCGUCCGCGAUUGCAGCAGCAUCCCCAACGUCCCAGGAUCUUGCAAGGAAACCUUCAACCUUUACUACUACGAAUCGGAUUACGACGCAGCUACAAAAAGCUUUCCCACCUGGAUGGAGAACCCUUGGGCCAAGGUGGACACCAUCGCAGCCGACGAGAGCUUCUCCCAGGUGGAUCUUGGGGGACGGGUGAUGAAGAUCAACACGGAGGUGCGGAGCUUCGGGCCCGUCUCCAAGAACGGAUUUUAUUUGGCCUUCCAAGAUUACGGGGGUUGCAUGUCCUUAAUCGCGGUCCGCGUCUUUUACCGCAAGUGCCUGCGCAUCAUCCAGAAUGGCGCCAUCUUCCAGGAGACACUGUCCGGAGCGGAGAGUACGUCUUUGGUAGCGGCCAGAGGCACUUGUAUCCCCAAUGCUGAAGAGGUGGAUGUCCCCAUCAAAUUGUAUUGCAAUGGGGAUGGUGAAUGGCUGGUACCCAUCGGGCGCUGCAUGUGCAAGUCCGGCUAUGAAUCGGUGGAGAAUGGCACCGUCUGCAGGGGCUGUCCUUCUGGGACUUUCAAAGCCAACCAAGGGGACGAGAGCUGCGUCCACUGUCCCAUCAACAGCCGGACCACGUCGGAAGGAGCCACCAACUGCGUCUGCCGGAACAGCUAUUACCGUGCGGACUCGGACCCGCUGGAUAUGCCGUGCACCACCAUCCCCUCAGCCCCCCAGGCGGUCAUUUCCAGCGUGAACGAAACCUCUCUGAUGCUGGAAUGGAGCCCGCCCCGGGAUUCUGGGGGCCGUGAGGACUUGGUCUACAACAUCAUCUGCAAGAGCUGCGGGUCCGGGCGCAGGGCCUGCACCCGCUGCGGGGACAACGUCCAGUUCACACCACGCCAGCUGGGUCUGACCGAGCCCCAUGUUUACAUCAGCGACCUCUUAGCUCACACUCAGUACACCUUUGAGAUCCAGGCGGUGAACGGCGUCACCGAUCAGAGCCCCUUCUCCCCCCACUUCGCCUCCGUCAACAUCACCACCAACCAAGCAGGUAAGAAUUUGCACUCUCUUCGCGGCAGUUCCCAAAA